UUGACAAUUAAUAGAAAUCUAAAUGGGAAUUCAUUUUCCACUUAAUGGAUGCAAGUUUUAAAUUAUUAAAUGCUUAAGUGCUCAUAGCCUUUUCCCUUCAGAUAGUUGUGAACUUACAACUACUGGCAAGCAUUUGUUUAAAGCUCUGACAGUGUUUUUUCAAUAAUGUCUGCUGAUGGAGACAAUAGUGUCCAGCAUAACUCUGGGCAACGUUAAUAGCCACAUCAUGACAGAUUGUACAAGCACACCUGUAAACAUAGAUAUAGACUCCGGUGACAACCCCUGUGAGGAUGUCAUAAUGGCGGAUGGUACAAGCACACCUGUAAACAUAGAUACAGACUCCGGUGACAACCCAUGUGAGGAUGUCAUAAUAGCGGAUGGUACAAGCACACCUGUAAACAUAGAUACGGACUCCUGUGACAACCCAUGUGAGGAUGUCAUAAAAGCGGAUGGUACAAGCACACCUGUAAACAUAGAUACAGACUCCGGUGACAACCCCUGUGAGGAUAUCAUAAUGGCGGAUGGUACAAGUGACAUUGCUGAACAUGGAUUCCUGCCUGUGAAAACAAAAACUUUUAGACCAAACUUGUGCAAUCAAAAAGUGGAAGGCUCAAACUCUGUUAAAGUUUGUGAUACACUCUCAGAGAGGCAAGAUGACCCCUCAGGUAUCUGUGGUGAUUUACAGUUUACAAAACGCUCUGAGAGGAAGAGCAUAUAUCUAGGUGCUGGAAAUAGCGUGUGGCAGAUUAUUCGUGAUGACCUUGUGGGUCACCUUCAGCACCAACUGAAGUUGAACCCUGACCUCAUUAAGUCCAAAGAUGUAGCAGGCAACAGCCCCAUACAUGUGGCAGCCAAGUACAACAAAGUGAGAUCCCUAGCGGUGCUGUUUCAUUUUAACGCAGACCCUAAUGUGAGUGGCCCCUACGACAUGUACCCACUGCAUCUUGCGGCCAAGUACAACUCCUUGGAUGUGGCAGGGUACCUGCUGAAAUAUGGGGCCAACAUUCUGUGUAGGGACUGCAAGCAGAAGACUCCACUGCACCACGCAGCUAGGAAGGGGAAUCUUGACAUGAUGAAGCUGUUACUGGGCACGGAGGGCUGCCAGAUGGACUGUCGUGAUGAGGAUCACCUGACCCCCCUACAUGAGGCCUGUCAGCUCAAGCAGCCUCAUAUUGCCAAGUACCUGAUAGAGCAAGGAGCAGACACUGAUGCCUGUGACAUAUCCAACGGGACACCAUUGUUGUUUGCUGCUGCCGAGGGCCUCACUGAUAUCAUUGACCUGAUCCUGCUAAAAACCUUCAAGUGGAAAGGCAUCUCGGGUAAGGCAAUGGUCUUGAAUCAUGUGGACAAUGAGGGGACAAGUGCUUUGCAUCUAGCUGUGCAGAACAACAAGUCACAGGUUAUUGACCUUUUGUUGGACCAUGGGAUUGAAAUCAACCUUCAAAACAACACCAACCACACUCCUUUGCACAUGGCGGUGAUCACUGGCAACAUCGCCGUAGUAACACAGCUGCUGGAACAUGGUGCUGACCUGGAGGCACGCGACGGAGAUCACAUGACCCCAGUACACAAAUGUGCCAUGUAUGGCAAGAUGGAAGUUCUGGAAGUCUUGCAACAAAAAGGUGCCAACAUGAAUGCCCGUACAAGUGAGCAGCUGACACCCUUGCUGGUUGCUUCUUGGAAAGGGCACCUGCAUGUUGUUGAGUUCCUCCUAAGCAACCGGGCUAAGGUUGCGGCAACUGAUAGCUGCAUGAGGACCGCCCUACACUGGGCAGUGGACCAGGGACAUUAUAACAUAAUGCAAGUCUUGAUGAAGUAUGGCGGACAGACACUUCUGCCCCAGAUGGAUCACACAGAUCAGACGGUUGGACACUACGCUGCCAGGACAGGAAACACUAUGAUCCUGAGAUUGCUGAUGGACUUUGGUAUCAACCUUGAAGCCAGGGACCAGGAUGGCAAAACACCUCUACAUGUUGCCGCUGAAUAUGGCAACUACACGAGCGUGGAAAUGUUAGUGGAGGCUAGCCGCUCUGAGAUCAAUGAUGGAGACAGUGACGGAAGGACGCCGCUCAUGAUCGCGUGCCUCAGUGGCCAUCUGAAGGCUGCCAGGUCACUGCUCGCACUUGGGGCUGACAACUCUAUCAGAGAUGAAAAUUACUGUACUGCGAUGAUCCUUGCGGCCUCCAAAGGUCAUAGCAAGGUCAUGCAGCUGUUGAUUGAUGACCUUGCGGAGGUCAAUGUCUGUGACAAGUUGAAGAACACUUCUCUGCACAUGUGUGCUUCUGGCGGCCAUGUUGAAGCUGUUCGUCUGCUCUUGGACAGGAAUGCAAGUCCAGUCCUGCUCAACAGCUACAACAAGUCGCCACUUGAUAUGGCGCUCGACUAUCAGCAAACGGAAGUUGCCAUUGUAAUGAUGCAGCAUACAAAGUGGCCAGAAAUCAUGUCCCUGAGAGAUUCAGAAGGAUUUACACCCAUGAGGAACCUAAUCAAGAAAGCUCCAGAGGCAGCCUUGGUUGUCAUGGACAACUGUGUUUCUGAGUCUGAUCACCGCAAGGACGACAUAAACUACAGUUUGAUGUACAACUACCAGUAUAUUGAUCCAGGGCCAGAUGAUGCGUGCUGCAAAGACAAGAGAUUCUUUGCACUGGAUACUAUGAUCCAGUUCAAUCGUGAGGAACUGCUUUCCCACCCCCUGACACAGAGCCUGCUUAUCAUGAAAUGGCGUAAGUUUGGCAGCUACAUCCUAUACAUUAACCUCUUCAUAUAUGUGAUCUAUGUGGCCACUUUGAACAUUUACAUGACCUUGAUGCCGUCUAUUGCCACUAAUGUGUUGGACAACAUUCGUCAGUGCCCAGUGUUUCUUACUGAAGAGGAGGCAACAAAUGAGACAAUUGUCAAUAUGAAAAAAGAGGAGGGCCAUGUGUCUACCCUGGACAUACGUCGCCCAGGCCUGGCCGCCAUGCAGUUGAUCUUGCAGGUGUUCAUACUGAUGCUGCUCCUCAAGGAACUCUUCCUGCUCUGGGGACAGAAGUGGCGGUACAUCAUCAACCCCUACACAUAUCUCAACUGGAUCAUGAUGGUGUCGACAUUGUUCUUCAUCAACCCCCCGAACCUCUACCCUUGCGUGAUCAAUUGGCGUGCAGCAUGGAUAUCCUCCUUUUGCGCCUGGACCCUGCUCAUAUCCUACCUACAGAGGUUAGACGUUGUGGGGAUUUACUUUGUCAUGUUUUCUCAGGUCAUGUUUAGUAUUGGCAAGGUGAUGCUGGUGCUGGUACUGUUUUUGAUGGCAUUUGCUCAGGCCUUUAAUGCAGUUUUAGCUCAACGUCCUGGUUUCCGUGACAAUGAUUUCUUCCCCCUGACGAUUCUUGCAAUGACCCUGGGAGAGGUGAACUAUAUAGACAUGUUUGUGGAGAGCAACAACUACCCAUUCACCGUGGACUCCUACAUAAUUAUAGCAGUCUUCAUGAUCAUGAUGCCCAUAGCGCUAAUCAACCUGCUGAUUGGUGUGGCUGUGGGGGACAUUGACAAGAUCCAGAAACAGGCAUACAUCAGAAGGAUCGCUCUCCAGUCGGACCAGGUAAAUGCCAGUGAGAACCGGUUCCCAAAGUUCCUGCAGCACAAAGUCUACCAGCGCUACUUUACUAUCAAGCCAAAUGAGGAGAAAAACACAAAAUGGGCAAGAUUCAAGUACUAUAUGUUCGGAAUCAAGACGUCAGUGGAGUUCAUAGCUCAGUCAGAGAAAGACUUCACUAUGGAAACUCUUCAAGAUAUCCAGAAAAAUCUUCACAAAACUAGAACAAGGUUGAAUGAGAUUACAACCCACUUCAAACAUCAGCAAGACCUGCUGCGCACCCUGUGUGAGCACUUCCACAUUGAGAUCAACAGAGAUGCAGACAAUCUGUCCUUCGCCAGUGAACGUACAGACGUAGGACGCGCUGAACUAUAAAACUUUAGAUGGAAUGUUUUCUUACAUGUUUUUAUUAAAUCAUACAGUUGCAACAUUCUUUAGAAAAACUUAUUUUACUUUAAAGUUUCAUUUAAUAAACGUGAUAACCUCCUCCCCAAAUCUUUUAUGAUUGAAAGAUUGUAUUAAAAGAACAUUUAUUCUCUGCCAUUUCAAACCAGUUGCUUACAGUACAACAUUGUUACCCUGUGACCAGAUAUAUUUAUAGAAAUAUUUCUGGCUAGUGUUGGAAAUUAAGUAGGAGCCUUUCUAUGAAAGAAAGUCCAGAAAUGCCAAGAAAAAUGUGUAUGAAGUUAAUGCACGUGCUUUAAUGCAAGAUUUAGCAUAAGUUUAACAAACAAAUAAUUUGUGCAUUGUGCAUUGCAGUAAACCAAAUUAGUUGAACAGCUUUUAAGUAAUAUUUGGAGAAAAAUAAACAUUUAAGUUUAAUAUAUAUUGUACAUAUAACAACACUCAGUGCUUUUGAAGUUAUUGCUAAAUUAACAACCAGCAAUUUAUUUAUUUUCAUGAACACCUCUUUAACACUUUUAACACAUUAGGAAAGUUGAAUGACUUCACAAUGUCAAUCUUGCAAGAUUUAAUCAUGACACUCAACUGUUCUCAGAAUGUGAAUUAUGAACAUUGCUUCUUUCCUACUUCUUCCACAAAGUCUGUACCAGUUUUCUCUAUUAAUUAAAUAAGCAGUGUCAUAAGUCGUCAUGCAGUUCCGAUGAAUUUCCUGGACAAUGUUGCAUCAUAUCCUCUUUAUCUGAAAAAUUAAACACAUCAUGACUUCUUCAUAGAACUCAUACACAUUAAAAACCUUUUAACUAAUUUUCUGGAGCAAAGUCCUUAGGCUUAGUAAAACUUGUAUAUUUUUGAUAAGCAUCUCAAACUUGAGCAUUAAUCAAGGUAAGAUAUGCCUAAUUGACUUGCACGAGAGGUGCAAUUAUUCUGUAUGAAUAUUGUAAUAUGUUCAAAACACUUAUAUUAUAAAAUCUAUUUUUGGUGCAUGAUAAGUUGACAUUCCAAAUCAUAUUAUACUUAAUGAUAUUAUUCUUUCUGUUCGUAACAUAUUAUUACCUUAACGUUUAAUAAAGAACAAGGAUGUCA